GGUAUAACAACUCUCAAAUUUAUGUAAAAAAUUUCUAUACAAAGCACUAUACUAUAAUUUCAAAUUUUUAUUUAAUACUUUCUAGUUUAUAAAAAUGAAUACUUAUGAAAAAGAAUUUCUAAGCUAUACGCCACCAGAGUUACCACAAGAUCUUACAAAUAUUCCAAAUAGAGUGUCUUCAACAUUUACCGACAAAACUGUGCUAAUAACUGGAGGGACUGGAUUUGUAGGAAAACUUAUAAUUGAAAAUCUACUACGUAAGUCUCCAAGAGUGAAACGAAUUUAUUUACUGUUGCGAUCGAAAAAAGAGAAAGAACCUAAACAGCGUAUAGAAGAGUUAUUUUUGUCACCGUUGUUUGACUAUUUAAAAAAACUACAUGGCAAUGAUGUAAUUGAAAAAGUAAUCCCAAUUCAUGGAGAUAUCGGUGAACUUUAUUUGGGUAUCAAUGAAAAUGACUAUAAAAUACUCACAAAUGAAGUUGAAAUAUUUUAUCACGUUGCUGCUACUGUACGAUUUGAUGAGCCUCUUAAAAAAACUAUACUAUUAAAUACUAGAGGUACUAAAUUUACUUUAGAAUUAGCUAAAGGAAUGACAAAUUUAAAACUGUUUAUGUAUAUCUCUACGGCUUACUGUCAUCCAAAUGAAAAAGUGUUACUUGAAAAAGCGUACUCUCCACCAGAUGAUCCUCAUAAAAUGAUUAAAGUAAUAGAAACUUUAGAUGAAGGAUCUGUUGAUUAUACUUCCAAAAGAAUUUUAGGUGACUAUCCUAAUGGAUACGCUUAUUCAAAAUGUCUUGCAGAACAUUUAAUAGUUGAACAAAUAAAAGCUGGAUUACCAUGUAUCAUUUGUCGUCCUUCCAUUGUUGUUCCUAUAUGGAAUGAUCCUUUACCAGGGUGGACUGAUAAUUUGAAUGGACCUUUAGGAUUGCUAACUGCAGCUGGAAAAGGAAUACUACGCUCUAUGUAUGGAAACCCUAAUAUUUGGGCAGAUUUUAUACCUGCGGAUAUUGUUGUUAACGGAAUCCAAAUAUUCACUUGGAACUACAUUGAAAAUAAUGAUACUGAAAGAAAUAUAGUAAAUAUAACGUCAACUGAUGAAAUUAAGAUUACAUGGGGAGAAAUUAUUGAUAUGGGUAAACAUAUAGCUUACAGUGGCUUACCAAUGAACAACUGUGUUUGGUAUCCUGGAGGAAGCAUGACAAAAUGUCGAGUUUAUCAUAAUAUUCGCGUGUUUUUCUUACAAACUAUACCAGCCUACUUUUUGGAUGCAAUAAUAUAUUUAUCUGGAAAUAAACCAUGCUUAGUUAAAAUUCAAGAGAGAAUCAAUAAAGGAUAUGAAAUAUUUAACUUUUAUGUUAAUAAUCAAUGGGAAUUUAGUUCCAAAAUGAGUCGUCAGAUAAGGGAAAAAUUGAAUGCUCGAGAAAAGUUUGAAUAUAAAUUCAAUUUAGAUGGUGUUGAUGUAAGAAAAUAUUUUAAAAAUAGCAUAAUGGGAGCUCGUAUAUACUUAUUGAAAGAAAUGCCAGAUACUCUUCCAAGAGCACGAAGACAUAUGAAAAUAAUGUGUUUUGUCCACUACACAACUCAACUGUUACUUUUUGGUUUAUUCUUAUGGUUUUUAAUGAAACUUAUCAAAUACAAUUAAUUAUGAAUAAAGUAUGGGUUUAAAUUAAAAUAUUGCACUUCAAUAGCUUAAGUAAUUUUUAAGUACAAAAUAGUUAUUUUCUUUAUUUAAUUAAAAUAGUUUAAUAGAUAAAUAUUUAGUUAUCAUAAAAUAAAAUCAAAAAUUUCAUUGAAAUACUUUUAAAAUGUUAUUAAAGGCUAUAGCAAGAGAUUACAAGCUAAAUUAAAUGUUAAAUAUUUAAUAUUAAUUUAACAAUAAUACAAUGGUUAUUUUGAGCAGUGGUCCUUGAUGAAUUUUGAAAAUUUCUUUUGUGAGCCGCAUACUAGGGAAAGAACGUAAUCAGCCUUAAUAAAUUUAGUUUUAGUGUGGGCCGAAUAAAAUUUGUUAAAGAGCCACAUGUGACUCGCGUAACGUUUAAUAGGUACUAUCAUUUUUUAAUAUUAUUAGCGAUUACCUCUAAAAAAUAUAUACAAUUAUGAUAUAAUUUUACAAAAAUAUAGUAAUGUAUUACAUUUGACAAUAAACUAUGCUUGAGUUAUUUUUAAAA